AGGAAGAGCAGGGAGGGAAAGGGGUGGAGUGAGCGGAGCUCCGAUUCCCGCCCAGGCUCCUCCCGCCUCCGCUCCCCGCUCCACGUACUAAGGCGCGCGGCUGGCCCAGCUCUCCUCUCUGGCUGCGCGUCCCACCCAGCCGAGCGUCCCAGUCACGCCACCGGUCAAGGUUUCAGCAGACCUCACCAAAAUGCCAUCUCAAAUGGAACACGCCAUGGAAACCAUGAUGUUCACGUUUCACAAAUUUGCUGGGGAGAAAGGUUACUUAACAAAGGAGGACCUGAGAGUACUCAUGGAAAAGGAGUUCCCUGGAUUUUUGGAAAAUCAAAAAGACCCUCUAGCGGUGGACAAAAUAAUGAAGGACCUGGACCAAUGCCGAGAUGGCAGAGUGGGCUUCCAGAGCUUCUUUUCACUAAUUGCUGGGCUCACCAUUGCGUGCAAUGACUAUUUUGUACUACACAUGAAGCAGAAGGGAAAGAAGUAGGCAGCAUUGAACAAUACUCCCUCCCUGAUAAGAGUUCUCCCAUAGGGUCACUUAAGGAUCUGCCCCACAGCUUCCCCCUGUAUAACAACUUCAUGAGCAGAUGAGGACCCUAAAAUAUGUAUAAAUAAAAUCCAACCCCCAUUAGACAAACAGAAAGAAAAGCCAAAGCCAGAUAAGCUUCUGAUUUUUAUAUUGCUUGCAUCCUUUUGCCCUCAAUAAACAAAUUCCUCUUUCAGUUCAUAA